CCAUAGAAAAAAAUGGGCACUCCCCUCUCUGCGCCCCCCCUUUGCUGUCCUCCUCCUCCAGCUUGCAGAAGGUAUAAAAAAAGGAGUGAAUUUUGAUUGUUGCUCUUCUGUCCUUUGCCUCUGCUUCAGUUGGAUAUUCAAGCCUAAUCAUGAGCAGAAACUUCUUGUCCAAAAAUGAUGAGCUCCGCAGAGGAGACUACCUGUUGUCCAACAACGGGGAGUGGAAGGCUGUGUUCCAGGAUGAUGGUAACUUUGUCGUCUACGGCUGGUCUCCUGUGUGGUCUACAGACACCGCAGGGUCAGACGCUGUCCGCCUGUGCAUGCAGGCUGACACUAACCUGGUCAUGUACAACAAAUGUGAUGAGCCAAGGUGGCACACAAACUCAGCCAAAUCCAGCUGCAACAUGUGUCGUCUUCACCUGACCAACGACGGAAAACUGCUGGUGAACAAAGAAUGUGAAGAAGUCUGGAGCUCUGCCAAGUCCAAGGGGAUGAAGUGAUAGUUGAAAUAACUGUAUGUUUGGAUAUCAGCUGAAUUACCUAACAUUCCACUACUGACUUUGCUCUGGUAUCAAAUAAAGCUUUUUUUAAUGACACAGA